AAACGUGACUAGUUUAACGUUAUCAAUAGCUCUCCCGAAAUGCGCGGUUAGGCAAGAAUGCUAUAGCCUUCGCCGGCCGUGAUGUAGCUGAGACAGAUAUUUAUGUAGCCUAACGUUAUAACAGCUUGUUAUAGUAAGCCAUAACCUACAGGUGUCAAACGCUGGACGUAGCCUUCUAUAGUGACAAACUUGCAAAUUCAUUUGUCCGCCUGACGUUAAUGUCAGAGUUUGAACGUGUAAAGGUGACUUCAGUACCAUGGACAUCGUCGUCUGUCCCAGAUCUAACUUCACACGUCUAGCGAGUGGCUUGUCGGGCAUCGGAGGACCAUUGGUAGCCGGUGCGAGUGAUGAGGGAUGCGGUCUAGUAGAGACUGCGCUGAGCGGCGGGGCACCCUGGGGAUUUACGUUGCGGGGAGGACGGGAGCACGGAGAACCGCUCCUCAUAACAAAGGUGGAAGAGGGCAGUAAGGCUGCUGUUGCUGGUCUGCAGGUGGGGGAUGAACUGGUCAGCAUCAACUCCGUCCCCCUGAGGGGCUUCAGGCUGGAGGCCAUCUGCUUGGUCAAGAGCUCCCACAAGACUCUCACACUCACACUCCGAAGGAGGAAUGAUUCUGUCAACAGACCGCACUCCUGGCAUUCAUCCAAAGUGGCCGAGACCCAGACCCAGAGGAUAGCACAGAACUCCGAACCAGAACCGAUAUGGCAGUCCAAAUACAGCAUAAGCUCCUCCUCAAGUGACGUGUCUAAAUGUUGGGACCCUGCCAAGCAGCAUCAGGCACCAAGUCCGCUCGCCACAGUCCAGAACAUGGAGGCUGUGGACCCCUGUGCACUGACCAACACGUCCAGCGUGUCGCUACCCGCCUCCAAGCACCUGAACGCUGUCGACCUGUCCGCAGGAGCCGGCGCAGGGCCACUCCGCAAGCGAGACUCUCCGCACGCGACCCUCUCCGUGACGUCCAACAGCCUGGACCCCGGCGGCGGCGGACUGUCCAAGAGCCAGGCGGCGUCUCUGGAGUGCAUGUUCUACCGCGGCGGCCCGGGCGAGAGCGGCGGCGGUCAGCCGGAGCGGCCGCGCUACCUGCAGCUCCCCGUGCUCCCCGUGGUCAGCGGCUGCGGUAGGGUCAGCCCACGGCUGGAGGAGCAGGUGGGCUCCCGGUACUCCUCCUCCUCGUCUUCGUCCUGCAUCGCCGCCGGAGGAGGAGGAGGAGGCUUAAGGGCGGGCGUCAACCCCGUGUGGAACGUUCCGGAAGCCAAGAAGCCCACGGCUCCGUCUCCGCCACCGCCCCCUCCCCCGCUGCGGAGCGACAGCUUCGCCGCCACCAAAGUCCACGAGAAGGGCUUGACCGCUCCCGUGCCCGCUCACCCCCCCACCGGACCGGACGGUCCCUCUGCCCACCCCCCGCCGCCGCAGCAGAAGGCUCCCCAGGGCAGGCCCGCUGCGGAGCGGCUGGUCAAGGGCACGGAGAGCCAGCCGAGCGUCCAGCAGAGCGUCCAGUCCGGUGAGAGAAGCGGACCGGACGCUCGCCACGCCUUCCAGAGGAGCGACGUGAUGCCAACGUAUCAUCCCUCCGCCGUGGACUACAACGCCAACCAGAUCCCCCCCAGCAAACUGACCUCUCUGUCCAGCUCUGACGGCCGGCAGGGUCCGGCCGGCCCCGACCACCACCGGCAGCACAGCGACGAGAGCUCUCACCUCGGCCCGCAGCCCAAAGGCUCGUCGGGAUCGUCCGGCGCGACGGCGGCCGCCCCGAAGCACCACAGCAUGGGGGGUUACUACCGCAGCCUGCAGGAGCUGCCCACCAACACGUGCGGCCAGCGCGGAGGAGGAGCGGGACAUUCCAGAACGUCCACCGCGUCGCUGUCCAGCAACGCCCUGGACCAGAGCUCCGACCGCGGGGUCGGAGGUGGUGUCGGAGUCGGAGGUGGCGUCGGAGGACACGUGAGGUACUACUGCUACACGCCUCUUCCACAGCCCACGCUGACCACAGUGACCGCAGCUCUGCAGGGAAAACCAGAGGCCUGGAGGGACGAGGCCACUCCGGUCGGGACGCAGAGAACGACGGCGAAGAGCAAGUACCCCACUGCCACCGGCCAGCAGGCGUUUAACGGCUACGCUGGCGGCAAGCAGGCAAGUGGUCACGCGGCCUCGGAGAGUCCAUCCGCCGGGCUCAACGUGUGGACGACGCGCUCGAACUCGGACGAGCGGGAGAGGGUGAGCGGCGGGGGCGGUGCGGACGGUCACCACGGCCGGUAUUCUCACGGUCAGCCGCAGCAGCAGCCGCAGUCGCACAGGGAGCCUCCGCCGACGGACCCGUGGGUGUCGCAGGACAGCCGUAAGAUCUGCCCGCAGCAGACCCCUCUGCUCCACUCGCUGUCUCAGGAGCACAAGCUGCUGACCGACAAACGAUCGCCGCCGCCCCUGACCGCCACCGUUACCUCCGUCGCCGCGGUGACCGGUCCUCAGGACAGCCCGGAGCUGGGCGGCGGCGGCGGCAGCAAGCAGGGUCGCCGUAGCGACCGCUACGCCACCACGCUGCGCAACGAGAUCAUCACCAAGCGGGCGCAGCUGCAGAAGAGCCGCAGCGCCGCCGCCCUGUCCUGCCCCGGCGAGCCGGACGACGAGGCCGAGACGCCCGCAUUGCUGGCCUGGAAGUCCCCCGAGACGUCCACCACCUCCUCCUCCUCGGACGGCUCCUUCUCCAACACCUACAAGGACCACCUGAAGGAGGCGCAGGCGCGCGUGCUGCAGGCCACCUCCUUCAAACGGAAAGAUCUAGAACUUCCCGGUGGCGAGGGCACGCCCGCCGCCACCGCUGCCGCCGCCAUGUUGGCGCGCCGAGAUCUGAGCGUGGCCGAGAUCCUGUCGGGCAAGGCCGGAGCUGGCGUCGUCGCCGGCGGCAACAACAACCACUUGUCGCGCAUCGGCUGCCGCAAGCGCUUCCCCAUCAGCAAGCGCGUGCACUCGUUCUCCGAGCCGGACAAGAUCCACGAGGUCGGCGUUGAGGGCAAAGGCCUGACCUUGGACUCCAAGGUCGGCUCGUUCGUCGACCGGCGCAUGUUCUUCGAGGGCGUCGCCAAGCCGGCGUUCUCCAAACCCGCUCCUAAGAUCGGAGGCCCUCAGAGCCCACCUGAGGAGCUCCACGUCAGCGCGAAGGCCAAAGGGCCGUCCUCGCACGAGGAGCCCGUGGGGUCGAAGGUCGUAGGGUCAUCCCCGCCGCAAGGCCACCACCCCCACAGAGGUCACCUCAGGGAGCACCACUCCAGGCAUCACUCAGGGAAAGAACAUGGUUGGCCCAAGCAGGACCCCCUUCUGCAGCAGCAGCAGCAGCAGCCGCCGACGCUCUCGCGCUUGGGCACGUUCGCCGAGUACGAGGCCACCUGGAACAUGCAGAGGAAGCAAUCUGAGGCCAGGAGCUCGGGCAGGUACCGCUCGGCCGAGAACAUCCUGGAGCCGUCGGCGGAGGAGAGGAACGAGGCCGUGUGCGUCCACGAGAGGUCCAGGUCGUCUCCCUCGGCAGACUUCUACGAACAGAAAAUGCCCCUGCCUGCCAGGAAACUCCAUCUAGAUCGGCCAGCUGACACCCACACCAUGGGCGCGUUGACCGAGAGAGGACCGGUGGAGAGUAGAGGGGUCCAGGAGCGUCCUGCCCAGAGUGACCACUUCCUGUCGCCGUCUGAGGCCGGCGCAGCGUCCCGAAACGAUCCCGAGAAGAGAGACGUGUCCGCGACAGCUAGCCACCCGCCGGACCCCCGGUACCACCAGCCGACGCCCGAUCCCCCGCCAUACGCUGACCACUUGCGCCACGUGGGGGUCACCGCCGCCCUCGAGCAGCCCGCCCUCCCCAAAAAGAGGGGCGCAGCGGCAUCAGGGGGACCCCAGAGGCUCUCGCCGCCCAGAGUGGACACUCCGGGGGCCCCAGUGGACGUCACUGUGACCUCUCUGAGAGAGUCCAGCGACCUCCAGACUGCGGGUCACUCCGCGAGGGGCAGCAGCAGGUCUCCCGGUGUGGGGUUGGCACUGCCAGUGCCCGGCAUGCCCACGCUGGCAUCCGACGGCACACUGCGGGUGUCCCCGUGCCCAGAGAGAGAGCCGCAGGCGGGCAGCCGACUGGACGAGGAGUGGAGGGCACUGCACCAGACCGCCCUGGCAGCCUUGGAUCCGUCUCUGGCCCAUUCUCCUCUUCCUCCUCCACAUCAUCCUCAUCCUCACGGUCCUGCCCCCUCGCCCUCUACCCUCAAGGGCGCUGCUGCCCUGACGGUGCCCACCAGUGUCACACGCUCACCCUCGCCACAGUUUGCCCCACAGAGACUGACCGACAAGCCCCCAGCGCCCACACAGGAUGACCUGUCCAGUGAUAAGAUGAGCGAGGCAUCGGAGCUGAGCAACGCUGGGAAGAGAGUUCCCGUCAGGAUCGUCCACGCCGAGACCAGUCUGGAGCGCAAGGGCCGCCAGUACCUCCUUAGCAACGGAGCAACAACAACAACAACAACAACAACAGCAACAGCAACAGCAACAGCAACGAGCCCUCAAAGCAGCUUCACCCCCCAGGAGCAGUUCUACUCUCUCUUCUGUGCCUACUCUCGGCAGGAGGAGGCGCAGUGGGAGGCGCAGCGUGGCUCCACCAGUCCUCCACAGGGGACCUCGGGCUUCCCCGUAGCCCCAGCAGGGGCCACUCUGAACGGGCAGCCGAGGAGGAGCAGCCUGCCCGCCACCGGCGCGGGGGUGGUGAUGGUGGGCGGCGAUCGGUCGGACGACGACGUGAAGAGAGAGGAGCUGGCCAGGGACAUCAUGGGCAAGGACAAGUCGCUGGCGGACAUCUUGGACCAGAGCCGCAUGCGGACCACCAUGGACCUGAUGGGGGGCAUCUUCCCGCAGGGGGAGCAGGUGCUGGAGGGGGCACAGCAGCGACGACGGGCCGCCCCCAAACAGACCUCGCCCCGCGCCAGCGACGAGGGCAGGAGGGUGGAGGAUGACCUGGCGACGGCGGUAUCCGUGGUGAGUAGCUCCUCCUACUACAGCACGUCGGCGCCGAAGGCGGAGCUUCUGAUCAAGAUGAAGGACAUGCAGGAGCAGAUGGAGGAGCAGGACUCAGAGGACGAGCUCGACCAAGACCUCUCCUGCAAGAAGCAAGAGCUGAUCAGCAGCCUGAGUAAGAAGCUGCAGGUGCUGCACGAGGCGCGCGAGAGCCUCCAGGAGGACGUGCAGGACAACAACGCGCUGGGACAGGAAGUGGAGGCCACCGUGCAGGCCGUCUGCAAGCCCAACGAGCUGGACAAGUUCCGCAUGUUCAUCGGGGACCUGGACAAGGUGGUCAGCCUCCUGCUGUCCCUCUCCGGCAGGCUGGCCCGCGUGGAGAACGCCCUCAACAACCUGGAGGAGGGGGCCUCAGCUGAGGAGAAGCACGCCCUGACCGAGAAGCGCAGGCUGCUGAUUCGCCAGCACGAGGACGCCAAGGAGCUGAAGGAGAACCUGGACCGGCGCGAGCGUCUGGUCUACGACAUCCUGGCCAGCUACCUGAGCGCCGAGCGCCUGGCCGACUACGAGCACUUCGUCAAGAUGAAGUCGGCGCUCAUCAUCGAGCAGCGCAAGCUGGAGGACAAGAUCAAACUCGGAGAGGAGCAGCUCAAGUGUCUGAGAGACAGUCUGCCCCUGGAACAGAGACUCAUGUUCUGAGAGAGAGGGAGAGAGAGAGAGAGAGAGAGAGAGAGAGAGCGUGCAAAAAGAACAGAGAGAGAGGAUGAAGAGGAGCAUCUUAGAACUGGAACUUGGGAGAGAACAAGAGGAAGAAAAGAGCGAAAGACUACAGAUGCCAACAGGAGAGGACAACAGAUCUUCGGAGAACUGGAAUCUGUAACAAAGCAUGAGAGAGAGGGAAAAAAACGAUAUUAUGUUUGUUUGUCUAUUUAUUUGUUUGUUUUUAUUUCAAGACUGCCAGUCAUAUGAAUAUAAACUUUGCUUUAUUCAGAGGGAGAAAUAGGGACACGUUUCCCAAACGUGGGAAAUAGACAGUCGGUGAAAUAUCUACAGUAAGUCACGAUAAUGAAGAAGUUUUUAACGUUUUUAAUGCUUUAUGCAGACGGAUGGGUUGAUAAACAUGUCUUAUCAUAGUUUGACGGUCCUAAAGCUGCACUUGUGAUUUCUCUUCUGGAAUGAACAUUUUAUCUUAUCAUUUUAUUCAAGGUUGUAUUUAUCAGGACCUCCAGUGAUGCUCUUUUUGAGAUGGUGAAUUAUGAAUUAUGAGAUGUAUAUAUAAUUUAUUCCAAGAUUUAUUUUAGGGUUUGAAUGGACUGGAUUAUUUGCCAUUUUUUGCAACAUUGCCUGUUGAUUGUAGUUGUUAAGAGUUAACAUAAAGAUUAUUAUUAUUAUUAUUAUUAUUAUAUUUCAGCUAAGAAGUGUUUAUAUGCUGUAUGUAACUGCUACCAAAAUAUUCAUACCUGUUAUGAUGCUGUUCUAGAGAAUAGCCAUUUUUAGGCAUGGCUUUGUAAUUAUCAUAGACUUGCUACCAUAUUCAGAUAUAUUUAUAUUUUCCUUAUGAAAUUAAAAUAAAAAUGAAGAAAUUGAA